CCGUGAUUUCUUGGAUUAAAAAAACUUCCUCGGCUAUGCUGGAAGACAGUUCGGAUUAUAAUAAAGGCUUCCAAAAACCCAACUCGACUACUUGGAACAAAGUUAUUGCCAACAGUCCCAGCAAGAGGGACCAAGUCUUAAUGAUUGACCCCGACUUUUUACAAGAAAUCGAAACCCGAUUUUUAUCCGAUGUAGGUAAUUUUGAGUUAGUUAAUUUAAAAAGUAUGUUUUUGGAAACUAUCGAACGGAAAAUGCUCAACAAGGUAAAAGUCCAAAUCCGAGAUAUUAACUCGUUUGCUUAUACCAUUAUUGCCGAGGACGGCAUACGGAGUGAACCCAUUGCCGCUAGUGGUUCGACCAAGUUUUAUUUUCAACCGACUGUCAUCGGGGGAGUUAUUCCUUUUGCUAAUGCUCGUGCUUUGUUAAAACAACAUUGGCAAGUUAGGGAACAAGAACUUUUAACCAUUAACCCCCAGGCUAAAAACUUCCUGGACUUGGCAAAGGAACGAAACGACAUCAAAAAAGAUGCCGAAGCCAUGGACCAAUUUUUCCGCGAGGAGUGUGGUUUCUUUUCUUACGAAGAUGCCCGAGCCCAAUUAGACGGCCGAACGGUGUCCCAAAUCCUCCGACAACUCCAAAUCAGUAAGGAAGUUAUUCAGAGUUUAAAAACUGACCUGGCAGCUAAGGAAAAGCCCAAAAAGACUACGGGAAUCCAAACAGAUUUAACAGACAAGCAAAUUACUAACCUUAUCCAACAAUGA